GGACCAAUCAGCGCGCCUCCUGCCUUUGACUCCGCCCAUCUGUUUUGGCGGCCAGCUGCCUGGCUGCCGCGGCCAUCUCUUCAUUGCUCUCUUGAAGUAGCUCCAUUGAAACAUGCACUCUGAGCUCUGAGUUAGUGAUCGAAAUAAUUUCUCAAGGCCCUGUUAGCAUCACCAGACUAUUGUCGCAACACACACACACACACACAGCCUGAUGUCUCAGAUUCAGAGAAGGCAGAAGAAUGUACCUCUAUCAACUCGAACGAAACCAGCUAUUUUAAGAGCACGGAAGAGAAAGGUUUCUGAAAAUGAUGACAGUGGAAAAGAAGUGAAGCAGUCACGGAUUGAAACCACAGAAAUGCCUCAACCACUGGGUGACGUAACUUCCAGUCUCAAUGUUGAGAAGGAGAGAGCAAUAACACCAGAGACACCAGUUCCUGAAACUUGGAAUAAGUUCCGGGGUUUAACAUGUAUUCCCACGCCCCCGUCUUCUCGUAAAUUACCUCUUCCUAAGUUAAACUGGGCAGAUCAGAGUCAAGUUUGGACGCUAAUGUGUCGUAAAGAUCGUCUGUACCCCAGGCGAUCAGAUUACCUCACACAACAUCCGUCUUUACAAGCUCGAAUGAGAGCGAUAUUACUAGAUUGGUUGACGGAGGUGUGUGAGGUACAUAAACUACACAGAGAAACAUACUAUUUAGCAACAGACUUCAUAGAUCGAUAUCUAACAGCAUCACAAGAUGUGCCAAAGCAACAGCUACAACUUAUAGGUAUAACGUGUUUAUUUAUAGCAGCGAAAAUUGAAGAAAUAUAUCCCCCCAAGCUGUCUGAUUUUUCAUAUGUGACUGACGGUGCGUGCACAGACAAGGAAAUCCUAGAAAAGGAACUAGUCAUCUUGAAGAAACUGAAUUGGGAUCUCUCCCCCGUGACUUCCAACUGCUGGUUAAAUACUUAUCUACAGCUGGCUCAAGAAUUGGUGCAGAAGGAAUCCAGCAAAGAAGAAAAUGCUAAUGACAACCACAGUUUUAUGUUUCCACAAUAUUCUCCUCUCACAUUUGUCCAGGUUGCGAGAUUAUUGGAUUUGUGCACCUUGGAUAUGUCCAGUUUAAACUUCACGUCCAGUUUGAUCGCAGCAGCAGCCAUGUGUUAUACGAUGCCCCCUCAGUUGGCCAGUCGUGUGUCUGGUUAUUCGACUGAGGAUUUUCAGGAAUGCUGUGACUGGAUGGCAGCUUUUGCCAUGACAGUUCAUGAGAUGGGUCCAGUUCAGCUGAAGGCUUUCAGUCAAGUUCCUCAAGAUGAUAUCCAUAACAUCCAAACACAUUCAGUGGACUUAGAGACUUUGGAACGAGCACAAAUUAGACUAAGCCAGAUUCGGUCGUUGUCGUCGCGUAAAAGUCCACAGAUGACUGAGGUUUCUGCUGGAUUACUCACUCCUCCAAAAACUGAUGAGAAGAGUCGGUAUCUAGAAGAGUAUAGCGGAUAAGCUGAUGUCUGGAUUCUACACCUGCAUGGAGGCAUCAUUUCAAUCUUUCCUGUAGUCAUUGUCUGCAUGAUCUCCCAUAAGGUAGAUAGGGGUGCAACCCUUGAGAUUUCCUCAAGUUGCAGAAUUGGAGAUAGUAUAAGUCCGUAAUUUACUGUAAUGACUGCAUGUAUGAUGACCUCAUUGAAUCAGUUUAAUAUAUACAUAUCAGGCUGUUGUUGCCAUGCUUACAUAUCAUAGGGAUUUGUUAGACCUAAGUUAAAUUACAUGAAAAUGAAAAAAAAUAUUCCCCGGUUCAGCUUGCAUACUAAUACUGUAUGUAUUAUUAGCUUAAAAAUGUUAUUAAUAGAUUAAUUUAUGAUUUUUGAAAAAUUGUUCACUGGUGGAAUUUUAGUCAGGAGGUAUGAAAGAUGAUUUUUGAUGUAAGUAAAAAAUUGUGAUCACCUUAAUUUAUUAACCCUAAAGAAUUUCAUAUUUUCGUAUUGUUAUACAGUAGUUGGGUUUUUAUUAUUAAUUUAUAGUAGCUUGUAUAUAUCCAUAUAGGUUUCAAAAACAUUUGUAACCAAAAAACUGUGUUAGGAGGCAGGAUAAAUACUAUUGUAUUUUUCACUUCAGAAUGUUGCAAUAGGAGAAAUUCUGCUGCCAUAAAAACAGGCUGUGUACAUAGCGAUGUCUUAGGCCUGGCAGAACAAUUCUAGUCUAUUCCUACGAGAGAAUUUUUUUUUUGUCUUUGUUUUUUUAUGCCUUGUGCAAUGAUAUAUAUGAAAUGUACAAUGCAUUGCUUCCAUAAUUUCAUUUUAAUUCAUUGGAAGCACUCAUACACUGCCAGCUCAUUUCCGGAGCUUUCUAUAUGUGCCUUAUAUGAGCUUUUUAUAUAAUGUAUAUACAAAGUACUAAAAGUCUGGUUUGAGAGGUACAUACUAAUACUUGAAUUUCAAAUUGCACGGUCUGUGUGAUGCUACAGGGCUUGGAAGUACUUUUCUUUUUGCAGUCUUCAUGGCGGCAUAGGAACUAGGGAAUGAUGUGUGUGGCUCCCUAGUUCCUUUUGAUGUGUCUGUGCCAACUUGUAAUACUGUAUUUUCAAAAUAUCAUGGGCAUUUUAUCUUCCUCUCCCUGACUGAUUUUUUGAAAUUGUGAGAUGUUGAGGAGGUUUGGCCAUUUCUGUAACAGGUAUUAUGUCCGUAAUGUGUAAUGAAUAGUGUGAAGGAGUUUUCAAGUUUAAAAAUCAAGUAAGUAUACUUGUACUGGUGAUUGUGACUCGUUAGAAACAAAGAGAGUCACAAAGUGAAGACAUACUUUGGAUUAAUUUGAUUGAAUUACUAAGGAAAAGGACUCGUUUUCAAAAGUUUUUAGGAAAUUUGUCUACAUUUUAGUGGAUUUUUAUUUUUAUUUUUUUUAUCAGUCAACUGGUUAAAGCUUGGGGAAAUAUUCUUAGUUUAUGAUUAUUUCUGCAUGCUUUUGUAAGUUGUUUAAGGCUUUUUAAAUGAUGAAAUUAAGAAUUUUGAUUAUUCAGGUGAAUUAUGUAUUAAAUGAAAAUUUGUAAUUCUGAAUUUCAAUAAAGAUUAAAACUCC